AUGUUUAUCGAUAGCUUUAAAGUUGAGAGCCCGAACGUGAAGUACACAGAGAAUGAGAUUCAAUCUGUGUAUGAUUACGAAACUACAGAGGUUGUUCAUGAGAAGAACGUCAAUGGUACUUAUCAAUGGAUCGUGAAGCCAAAGACUGUCAAAUACGAGUUCAAAACCGAUACUCGUGUCCCCAAAUUAGGGGUUAUGCUUGUUGGAUGGGGAGGUAACAAUGGAUCAACACUCACUGCUGGUGUAAUCGCUAAUAAAGAAGGAAUCUCAUGGGCAACGAAGGAUAAAGUGCAACAAGCGAAUUACUUUGGUUCACUAACUCAAGCUUCAUCGAUUCGUGUUGGAUCCUUUAAUGGUGAAGAGAUCUAUGCUCCUUUCAAGAGUCUACUUCCAAUGGUGAAUCCUGAUGAUGUUGUGUUUGGAGGAUGGGAUAUAAGUGAUAUGAAUUUAGCUGAUGCAAUGGGAAGAGCCAAAGUUCUUGAUAUUGAUUUGCAGAAACAGCUUAGGCCUUAUAUGGAGAACAUUGUUCCACUUCCUGGUAUCUUUGAUCCUGAUUUCAUAGCUGCGAAUCAAGGCUCACGUGCUAAUAACGUCAUCAAAGGUACCAAGAAGGAACAAGUCGACCACAUCAUCAAGGACAUGAGGGAGUUUAAGGAGAAGAAUAAGGUGGAUAAGGUUGUGGUUUUGUGGACGGCUAACACUGAGCGUUAUAGCAAUGUGGUUGUCGGGUUAAACGAUACAAUGGAGAAUCUGAUGACCUCUGUGGAGAGAGAUGAGGCGGAGAUAUCUCCUUCGACGCUUUAUGCUAUUGCUUGUGUUCUUGAGGGAAUUCCGUUUAUCAAUGGAAGCCCUCAAAACACCUUUGUUCCAGGACUUAUUGAUUUGGCGAUCAAGAAUAAUGUUUUGAUCGGUGGAGAUGAUUUCAAGAGUGGUCAAACCAAGAUGAAAUCUGUCUUGGUUGAUUUCCUUGUUGGUGCAGGAAUUAAGCCUACUUCAAUUGUGAGCUACAAUCACUUGGGGAACAAUGAUGGAAUGAACCUCUCAGCUCCACAGACAUUCCGAUCUAAGGAGAUCUCGAAGAGUAAUGUCGUGGACGAUAUGGUUGCUAGCAAUGGUAUCCUCUUCGAGCCCGGGGAACACCCUGACCAUGUAGUGGUCAUCAAGUAUGUACCUUAUGUUGCGGACAGCAAGCGAGCAAUGGACGAGUAUACGUCAGAGAUUUUCAUGGGAGGGAAGAACACAAUUGUGAUGCACAAUACUUGUGAAGACUCUCUCUUAGCUGCUCCAAUUAUCUUGGAUCUUGUUCUCCUCGCUGAGCUCAGCACUAGGAUCCAGUUCAAAUCCGAGGGAGAGGGGAAGUUUCAUUCUUUCCACCCUGUGGCCACCAUACUUAGCUACCUCACCAAGGCACCACUUGUCCCGCCGGGAACACCUGUCGUUAACGCUCUCUCGAAGCAGCGGGCGAUGCUGGAGAACAUUCUCAGGGCAUGUGUUGGGCUGGCUCCGGAAAACAACAUGAUCUUGGAAUACAAGUGA